UCCUGUGGAUGUUGCGGUCUGACCGUGGAAAAAAAUCACCAGCAGACAUCCAGUAGAUUUACACCGAAUUAACCCAGCCUUUAUUCAGCAUACAUACGGAUUGUUAUCUGAAGAUGCGUUAUAAUUAGCCUGGAGAAAUCAUCACCAUCGUCUGUUGUGAUCUGACAAAGACAGACUCACUGGUAGGAUUUUUGUCCUCAGUAUUUCUAGAGGGACACACGGAACAUCGUCGAAACGGAUAAAUAAACACGAUGUCGUCGGAAAAACACGGAUUGGAGGAGGCGUCAGGGAGGCAAGCCAUGUCUCAGCAGAUGUCACAGAUGGCUCCGCCUCCCUAUCUCCCUUCCCAGGACCCCAACAUGCCCCCACAUCCUCCUCCACCUGGCUGUGGCCCGCAGCCUAAUUAUCCCCCUCCUCCUCCUCCACCUGGAUCAAAUGGGUACCUGCAGGAGACCCAGUUCCACUGUGGGACCCUUGGGCACCAGGGAGCUCCGAACAGCUACACAGUGCAGACGCACGGACCAGGAGGCACAGUUCCUCAUCCUCCAGUGGGCUAUUUACAUCCAGGAUACCCCCUCCAACUGCAGCCCUGCACAGCAUAUGUGCCCGUCUAUCCGAUAGGAGCAGGGGCACAGCCUUACCUGCCGAACAGUGCCCAUCAUCCAGGUGUGACCCCUGGUCAGAUGAUGCAGAUGCCCACUGGCAUUGCUCUGAUGGAGCCUCGUCGUCCACCUCACGACUACCUGCCCAUCGCCGUCCUCACCACUGUCUGCUGCUUCUGGCCCACAGGAAUAAUCGCCAUCAUCAAAGCCGUGCAGGUGCGUACUGCUGUUGCUCGGGGCGACAUGGUUACGGCAGAGAUCGCCUCGCGUGAGGCACGUAACUUCUCUUUCAUCAGUCUGGCUGUGGGCAUCGCCUCCAUUGUGCUCUGCACCAUCCUCACCGUGGUGGUCAUCAUCGCCUCUCAGCACCAUGAUGACGACUGGGAGCCUUAGAGCCCCAGUGCAAGGAUGAACCCCCCCACCCUCCAGGCGCAAAAACCCCUGGUCGCCAUUCCAGUCGGUAUUCUGCUUAUUCUGUUACAAAGCACAGAUCUGGCUUGGAAAUUCAAUAUUACAACCAUUUUUCCAUGUAUUAGUCACAAGAUAGGUCAACAGUAUAGUAAAUCUGAGUCUGGGGAAACACGUCUACCGUACUAUAAACGUGCACACACUCACAUUAACCUACCUGAACACUCCCUCUUUGUCCUAAACAAACACCUGUAUUAGAUCAAUAAGAAAAAGAAUAUAGUGUACUAAAGACUCAAGUCAGUUCUGUCGUGUUAUCAUUUUGCUCUUAAAAUUUGCCAAAAACAUUGCUUUUUAAAAGAAACAAGUAUUACAGAAACAAUAGAGUACUUGAAAACAAUAAUGGUGUGCUGAUGAUUUUGAAAUGACUACUUGUGAUUUUUAAAACAUUCCAUCUAUUAUUUAAAACUGUAUUGUACAACUGAUAAAUGAUCUCUUUGUAGGUGACGCUGCCAAAUUUAGAAAGUGAAGAUGUGGAUGUUAUUUGAUUUCUAUACAAAUGUAUUGAACAUUGUCAAAUAAUAUAGUGAAUAUUUAAAAAUAGAUUACAAAUGUUACAUUAUUAAAUGUUACACCAAUUUUCACAUUCAGUUUACCCAAAGGAACUUUUAUAAUAUAGUUUGGAAAUGUAUAUAUUAGUAUUGUUAACUCAUUUGUUUCUUCUCUAAAACCCAAGGCUAGAAACAUACUUUACGCAUGUACGCAUUCGCGAAUGCUUAGCAGAGGCAUUGCUAGCACACAGAUCUGUUGUACAUAGAGCGACAUUGUCUCAUUUAUGCACUACUAGCACAAAAUGGAAUUGCAAUCUGUUUUAUUUGAGCAGCUCAACUUUGCAACAUUGCUUCAAACCAAAAACUUGAGUUUGGGGCAGGUCUGUCUUUUUGUCCAAAGCCGAACAAUAUCAGAUGGUGUGAUUUUUUUUACUUUUUUAAGGGGUACUCAAGCGGGCGAUAGAGUUGACAAAUAUCUGAGACAUUAAACUGGAUGGGUUGUAAUUCAGUCUAGCUAUAAAUGUUUAGAAAGUUAAACUAAACUUCUCUUCAAACUGUUUCUUUGCCAUUGCGGUGCACUAAUAAAGUUUACGCUCAUAUACAGUGGCAAGAAAAACUAUGUGAACCCUUUGGAGUUACCUGCAUUUAUGCAUAAAUUUGUUUUAAAAUAUGGUUUGAUAUUCAUCUAAGUCAAUAAUGAACAAACACAAUCUUUUUUUUAAACUAAUAACACACUAAUUAAUGUAUUGUUCUUGUACAUAUUGAAUACAUCAUUCAAGCAUUCACAGUGUAUGUUGGGAAAAAGUAUGUGCACCCUAUGCUAAUGACGUCGACAAAAGCUAAUGAGAGUCAGGAGUUGGCAAACCUGGCAUCCAAAUAAUGAAACUAGAUUGGAAGUGUGGGUUAGGGCUACUUUGACUUAUAAAAAGCACUCAAACAUUUUGAGUUUGAUAUUCACAGAAAGCAUCUGCAGACGUGGACCAUGUCUUGCAUAAAAGAGAUCUCAAAAGACCUACGAUCAAGAAUUGUUGCUUUGCAUAAAGCUGGAAAGGGUUACAAAGUUAUUUAGAUGAGCUUAGAUGUUCAUCUGUCCUCAAUUAGACACAUUUUUUAUAUAUGGAGAUGGUUUAAUACUGUGGCUACUCCCUACUCCAUUCAGCCAUGAUGACUAAAAGGGCACACCGCAGAAUGCAUAAUUAAUAUCUCUGUACAUGAGUCUACUAUAUGGAAAAAAUUAAACAAGCAUGUUGUCCAUGGCAGGAAAUCACGAAGGAAGCCGUUGCUUUCCAAAAAAAGCAGUGCUGCACACCUGAGGUAUGCCAAAGACCACCUCGACACUCCACCAAUAUUGGAAAAGGUUUUGUGGACAGAAGAAACUAAAGUUUAAUUGUUUGGGAAGAACAUGCAUGUAUGGUGUAAAAAAAGGGCACUGAAUACCAACAUGAAAACAUCAUCCCAACAGUGAAAUACAGUGGGGGAGCAUCAUGAUUUGGGGCUGGACCACGAUCAAGAUAUCCUACAGGAUAAUAUCAGGGUGGCUGUGUGUCAGCUGUAGCUCAGUAGAUGAUGGGUGAUGCAGCAGGACAAUGACCCAAAACAUUGAAGUAAAUCCUCAGCAGAAUGGCUUUAAAAAAGGAAAUACACCUUUUGGAGUGACCCAGUCAAAGCAGAGACAUUAACCCAAUAGAGAUGCUGUGGAAUGACCUCAAGAGACACCAGAUAUCAUAGGAAUUUGGCUGAGCUGAAGCAGUUCUGUAAGGAAGAAUGAUCCAAUAUUCCUUCUGAACGUUGUGCAGGUCUAAACCUCAGCUACCAGAAGUGCUUGUUUGAGGUUAUUGCUGCCAAAUCGACCAGUUAUUAAAUCCAAGGCUUCACUUGCUUUUUCCACAGCACUGUGAAUGUUUAAUGGGAUGUUGUCGAUAAAGACAUGAAAGAUUAAAACUGUUUGUGUGUUGUUAGCUUAAGCACAUUGUGUUUGUCUAUACUUGUGACUUUGAUGAAGAUGAGAUCACAUUUAAUGACCAAUUAAUGCAGAAAACCAUAAAACCACCUUGACAUAAUCUUUUCUUGCUACUGUAUAGCGCCUCAUCUGGCCAUGCUGAGAAUUAAUUGCAUUCUAACACAUUUCAGAAUGUAACAACAUGGAUUUUUUUUGCAAUUGAGCAUGCGUAGCUAGAAGCGUUUGUGUUCACGUACUUGCGUAGAAUAUGUUUCAGCAAAUGUGUUCCCAAUGUUCAGUUUUCCCCAUGUCAGAGAUGCUGAAAGAAUUUAUUGUAGUGUGAAAUUAAUGCUUCAUUAUUGAAUAUUCAUUUUUUAAAUGGCUCUUCAUUGUGGGAAGACGUGGCAUUUCUGUGUUGUGAAAUAAUGUGUUAUUUAUUGUUUGAACACUAAAUUAUUAAUUUGUGUAUGAAGCUGAUAAUUCUAUAUUUAUUGAAAUACGUAAUCAUAGGUCUAGUCGCUGUGCUGAAAUAUAUUGUUAUCUUUCUUAGAUAACAGUCAAUCAGAUUAUUGCUGGCAUAUUUUGAUGAAGCAUGUAGUAAUAUGCACUUUUAUGCUCAGUAAGCAAGUAGGUAGUUUGUCUCACUUCUUUGUAGAUGAGAGCGUUACUUGCUUCAAAUUCUGACCUCAUUGAAACUCUACACAUGCUGCUGACAGUUAGCUGUAGUUUGAACUUAUAUAGCACAACAUUUUGGUUACAUUUUAGAGAAUCAAAAGAUCCCAGAGAUUUAGGACAUAUAGAUUAUACCGAAAACAUAAAUACAAUUAUUUCGAUUUUUAUUUUAAGACUCUAGCAAAUGAAUGAAUCUCUAAAUGCAUACAUUUGUGUCAAACUCUUAUUUAUUAGUCAAACUUUUAUUUUUAAUUUCUGAUCCUUCAAGAAACGGCACCCAAAAGUGGAAAUUCUGUCACUUACACUAAUGUUGCUCUAAACCCAUGUGAUUUCUUUCUUCAGUCAAGCACAAAAAAGGAUAUUACGAGAAAUGUUCAUGCUGCUCUUUUCCAUACAAUGAAAGUGAAUAGUGACUGGGGCUUUCGUGCUCCAAAUUGCAUGGACUAAUUUUAUGCUGCUUUUUUGUCUUUUUGUGACAGCCCCAGUAUUCACUUUCAUCAUAUAAAAAAAGAGGAGCCAGGACAUUCUGCUAAAUAUCUCUUUUUGCAUUUUUAUGAAGGAAAGCUCAGAUGUGUUAACGUAAAUGACCAAAUUUCCAUUUUGAGGUGAGCUGUUUCUUUCAAAACAAUAAUGGUACACUGGGUUUUAUAUUUAGAGAUACAGUUUUAGAAUUUCAACAUUUCAGGCUUGACAGUUGUGCUGAGAGUAAAGUGUGCGUCAUUGCUUCAGUGAAAUACAAGCCGAUUUUGAUAAAUGAAUGUGUCCCAUUAUGAAUUAGGAAAGAAGAGGGAAAAGUGUCAUUCACGUCAUUUUUCAGCAGUUUCUUCCCCCAUGUCUAUCAGUUUUAAGUUUAUUUUAUUUAUUUGUGUCAUUUGAACGGCAUCAUAUCUUACUUUUCCUGCUCUCUUUAAUCAAUUUCUAAUAUCUACAGUAUCUGAUCUAUUUUGAACAAUGACUUGCAGAAUAUAGCAAAUGUUUUGCUGAACUGUUUGUUGAAUGACUUCUGAUGUCUUGUUUUUAACUGUUAAGAGGUGUGAUUGUACAUGGUCGUGUUUAUAUGGGCUACAUCUAAAAAUAUGGCCCUAAUUUUCUAAGAACUAUUCAAGAGAGUAUAGUUUCAAUAGGAGUCCUAUGUCUGUUACUAAGACAAACUGGUGGGAUAACGUUAUUUUGGUGUUUUACGGUUGUGCAAGCACUGUACAGCUGACGUAAACCUAGCUUGUUUAUAAAUAGCCCAGCAAUAUGUAUUUUCACACAGUUGUGAUAUAAAGCUAAUGCUUUAUUGUUAUGGCCACUAAAAUCGUAUUAUCUGUAGUUUCUGCACACGGUUUCUCUAAGCUUGUAAAUGCGACAGUUUAUUCAAAUGCAGGCUCCCUUGUGUUUGUGUGCUUCUAGAAAUUUAUUCUUUUGAAUCUCAUAAAGAUGUUACAGUCAUAUUUAACCCCCAAAUAAUCAAUUAUAUUUUGCUCAAAGAAAAUGCAGCCUGGUUAUAGGACCAUAGGAUUUAUGGCUUUGUGGCAUUUUUAUGACUGAGCACAUUUUUCCAAAAUGUUCUUUUUACUGCAAUGACAAAACCUUUCUAUAUUAUUUCAAUUGUAAAGUAUUUAAAUGCAUGAUGGAAGUAUUUGUUGUAAUGACUUAUUUUAUAUUGCAGUGUUUUACAGUAAUUGUAUUACUGUAAUACAUCAAGAUAGUAAUAAUAUUACGGUAAUGAGAAUUCCGGACGAAAAUGUCACAAUGCAAAAACUCAUAAUGGACCAAAAACAGGCUUCAUUUUAUUAUUACAAAAUAUAAUUUCUUUUGAUAUGGGGCUGAAUUGUGACUUUGUGAGAUUCAGGCUUUUGGAGGCCAAACAUUAAUUUGCUUUGUAUGAUUCUAGUGGUUUGAAUUAAAGAGGAAUACCUGGUUGUGCAAGAAUCGAUUGUGUUGCGUCUCUCUCUCUCUCUCUCUCUCUCUCUCUCUGUUGUGUUUGGCCUUUCCCUUCGUCUCAGUGGUGCUAUUUAUAAUUGCCCUGUUUUUUCCUCACCAUCUCUGAAUCUUUUUUCCUUUGUAUCACUAGAGCUACAGUUUAUCUCUACAUCAGAUAACUAAUAAACUGCAGGAGGUCGCCAACUCUGCAUAAAACCCUCUUAUCUGCAUUUUUCUCCUAUUAUUCAGGCUUCAAUAAAUGCCAAUGGGGCUGCAGCUCUUCUCAAUCUGUGGGG